AUGAUGUCGGUGUUCACGUACAACGAGAAACUUGCCCUCAAUGAGAUUCGACUAAUUCAGCUUUUCCCGGGAGAAUGGCUCGACGGCCUCGAAUCUAGGCUAUAUGUGGCCGACCGAAAUCAUAAGUAUCAAGCCUUAUCUUAUGCAUGGGGGAGUUCGAAGCGGUCAAACCAGAUCACCGUCAACGGCAAGAUCCACAAGAUCACAUUUAAUUUGGAUAGAGCCUUGCGUGCUGUCCGAAGGCAGAUAGAACCAAUUACUCUUUGGGUGGACUCGAUAUGCAUCGACCAAGAUGAUGCUGCAGAAAAGGGUCACCAAGUUGGCUCGAUGCACGACAUCUUCGGCUCGGCCACUGAAGUCACAGCCUACGUUGGAGAUGGCCUAGAUCGAAGCCGCAAGGAUUACUCACGUCGUUUUGAGAAACUGGGAGAGAACCCCUUGACGGAUCUCGGGAAUCUGGAUAUCUUGACUUCGGAUCACACAUGCGAGAAGCACUGGGAUACGCUGAAGAACUCUGAGCCCGGAUCGCUCACGGAACAUGAAGAGAUCUUGUGUCUUUACAGCCUCUUUGCGCUGUUAUACUUCAACAGUCACGACAUUGAACGAAACCUCAGUGAGUCGCAGCUGCAAGUGAUCAUCGAAAGGAUGCGGCUUUUUGCGAUAAGCGACUGGUGGAGUCGGAUGUGGAUUGUUCAAGAGGCCUGCGUCGCUCGACGGCUCACUAUGGCUUACGGCCGUGCUUUGCUUCCGUUUCACUACGUCGAGUCAGCCCAAAUGCAUUUGCAGUCACCCAAGAUCAAACAUCCAGAGCUGAUCAGAGUUGUGCGCUUCUUGGCCGGCAGAGUAGAUGCGAUCAGUCCUGCUCGCCGCUUGAGAGAGGAGGAAGAGGAGACAAUCGUCGGAGCAACUACAAGCAGCUCUCUGCUGUGGCUUCUCAGAAGAUUUCGCCAUCGCAAAUCCUCGGAGCCGCGAGACAAGAUCUUCGCUCUCCUCAAGCUUGCUGAGGACAUGAAAUCGAAACGGCCAUUUCUACACAACCAGCUGAGUAUCCAGGCUAAUUACGAGGAUGAUGUCAGUGAGCUCUUCUCCCACGCAACAUUUGAGAUCAUCCGCCAUACCGGUCUGCUCUGGAUGACGACACCAGACUUGCUUUCCAAGAGCCGUAUCGAUAUUCCUUCUUGGGUGCCAGAUUGGUCUUCCGAGCACAUGGCUUCUGGUUUCAAUCAGAGACGGUAUCGUCUCCAAGAGGAAGCGUCCUUGGGAUUCAACGCAAGUCGUACACGGUUUUGCCACUACCCGUUGAAUUUAGAGGGUCGAACUGAGAAUAUGUUUCCACGGCAACACCUCGAAGGCCUGCUCAAUGACGACAUAGCCGAAUGGAAGCCUAUUCAGUUCCUCCCCACUAUGAUCAAAUAUAACUCGAGCCCGCCGUUUGAAGAGGACAGACAGCAGUCUGCCUUGAUUCUGAAAGGCGUAUCUUGCGGCGUCGUUGACCAUACCAGCCAGGUCAUUCGCAGUGAUCUCUCAAACGUUGGCCAGGCCAUUGCCCAGGUUCAGGCCUUUUACGGAAGGAAACAAGGGCGACAAAACCAUCGAGAACCGUUCCUCGAGGCCGUUGCAACCUGCCUCUCCAUGUCUAUGCAGGUACUCAGUGACGAUGACGGCUCCCUCCGCACACUCAACCUUGACAAACGACGAGAACUCUCCUACUGGGCCUUCGGGCAAUACGCAGGUGCGCUCAUGCGAGUGAGCCGUGAUCAGAAUAUCCUAGAAGACUUCUAUAGUGCGGUUGCAGCUUGUCCAGACGGAUACACAGUUGAUGCCAUUCCCUCAACAGGAGGGUCGCUUUUACGAUUUGAAGCUUCAACAGUACCUGACGGCGACCAACAUCAGUGGAAUGAUGAUUUGGAUACCGAUGAAUCGUAUAAAAUCGCCUGUUUACCAAAGGAUUAUGAUCUUCUAGAGUGGACCAAGCCGGAGGGUAGUUUAUGGAUGGAGGACACCGUUCGGACUAUGGCCGCCGGAAACCGAUUAUUCGUUACAGAUCGAGGCCAAAUUGGGCUAGGCCCAGGCAGCAUGUGCGUGGGAGAUGAGCUGUGCGUUCUUGAAGGCGGGCUUAUGCCAUAUAUGUUACGAAAACACUUCGGAACGAUCUGUACCGAAUCUUCGAGGGUUCAUCAGAUGGAAAGCAUCAAAGGCGUGCACCGGUUCACAAUGGUCGGAAGCUGUUAUGUUGAUGGCAUCAUGACUUGGGGCGACGAAGCGCAUGGCUGGGGAGAUAACGCUGACGAUAUCGAGGAGCUGGAUUCGAAAUUGAGGCGAAGGCUUCACGCUCCUGAACUUGCCGAAGUCGCGUUUCUUCUCGUCUAA